AUGGAGGGCAGCGCAGCCGCGGCAGGGGGCGCGCGGGAGGAGGAAUUUGCGCUUCUGCACGGCGAGAGCGGCGCGGAGGCGUUCGGGAUGUGGAUCAAACUGACGGACAAACUGACGGAGCUGCUGACGGCCGGGGACGACGGCGUGCAGGCGAUGAUGAAGUUCGGCCGCAACGGCAGCGGACACGCCAUCAGGGUGGGCGACGUGGAGUUCAAGUUCACAUCCCACAGCGAGCCCGACCCCGCGCUGUGCGACGUCUACCGCCUGCUGCCGCCCGGCGAGGGGGCGGGCGGGGGUGCGGAGGGCGGGGAGCGGCGCGCGCUGGAGCACGUGGCGCAGGUGGCGCGCAAGCUGAGCGUGCAGCGACCACUGGACGAGCGCGAGAAGGAGAAGUGGCGCGACCUCACCAAGAGCACGCCUAAAGUCGCCAGUAACAAGUUGAAGGUGGUGGAUCUGAAGGGCAACAAGGCAGCCGCCCCCACCGCCGACGUGCACAGGGGUGCUGGGAGGGGUGCUGCGAGCUUGCACGUGCAGAAGAAGCCAGGGCUGUUCAAGCGAUCGCCAGCGGCGCCCAUCCCCCCUCUGGCCAAGCAGCAGCUUCACCAGCAGCGCCUGUCGCCCUUCAAUCGCGCCACCCCCGCCUCCAUGUCCCCCGACGUGGCAGGGGGGAGGGCGCUGGAGCCCAGGUCCGCCCACGCCACACCCCCCCGCCCUGGCCCCACCGCACCCGACGCACACGUCCGUGCCGCAGCGGCGCUGCUGGGGGGCACGCCUCAAGCGCCUCAAGUGCAGCAGGUGCCGGUGGGCGAGCUGCGCGCGUUCCUGGUGGACAUCCUAGGCCGCAACCCCAAGGGCGUCAGCAAAACUGCGAUGGAGAGGGCAACGGGGCAUGAGUGGGCUCAGCUAGACAGGGUCGUCAGGCAGAUAGCGAGGCUGCAUGCGCCGGGGUACUACCGCCUGUUGCCAGGCGUCAAGGAGGGCGCCCACGCCGCACACCCUGCAGCACCAGCAGGGCAGUCCCCCAUACAACGACGCCUCCUCUCUCCCCUCUACCUGCCGCCUCCCCCCGCCCAUCCACGUCCCCCCUCCCAUCGGCAUCCCCCCGCCCUGCGUCCACGCCUCCACCGCACUCGCCGUGAGAACCACCCCCCUGCUCCUCGCCCCUUUCCCUCUUGCCCCUGGCCCUCCAUCGCUGCCCCGUCGUUUCUAUGUGCCUUUGCUUCCACGCUCACCGCCCUGCUGCUCCUCACUCUCACCAUCCCUUGCCAUCGUGCCUUCCCUGCCCCGUCCCCCUUUCUCCUCCCCCUACCCUUUCCCUCCUCUUUCCUCCCUCCCUUCCCGUUCUCACUCUCCCCAUACCUCCCAUCCCCUCACCCCUUUCCCCUUCCCCCCUGGCCAUUCCCCCGCAGAGGCGGAGAGGCGGCAGAGGGUGGGGCGGGCAGGGAGGGAGCGCGGGCGGGCAGGGUGCCGCUGCUGAACCUCAAUGAGACGGGCUUUGAUGACGACGAAGGGGGGGGAGACGCGCAUGGGCAUGGGGACGGGGAUGGGGAUGGGGGGAAGGAGCAGGAGGAGGAGCAGGACGAGGAGGAAGAGGAGGACGAGGAAGAGGAGGAGGAGGAGGAGUUGGUGGUGGAAGAGGCAGAGGUGGGGGGGGGGGAAGGGGAAGGGGAAGAGGAGGGCAGAGUAGUGGAGGGGGGGGUGAGCACAGCAGGGGGAGAGGUGGGAGAGAGGGGCUUAGAGGAGGGCGCUGGGGGUGAGGGGUCGGAUCACUCAAGAGGCGAAGGGUCAGGCGGGGAGGGGGGUGAGGAGAAGAAGGGGGAAGCGGGCGAGGAGGGAGGGGGGGAGGAAGUGCGGUUGGAAGACUUGUUUGGGGAUGAGUCGCCCUCCCAUGGGGAAGGGGAAGAUGCGGGGGAGGGAGAAGGGGCCAUUAAGGAGAGUGGAGAGAUGGAGGGCGAGGGACAGAGUGAGGGCGAGGGGGAUGCGGGCAGCAGCAGCAGCGGCAGCAGCGGCAGUGCGAGUGAGAUUGACAUCGACAUCGACGAUGGGGAGGGGGCGGACAGCGGCAGGGGGGGAGGCGAGGCGGAGAAGAGGGCAGAAGGCAAGGGGGCGAGGGCGCGGCAUGAGGGGCGCGCACAUGGGCAUGGGCAUGGGCAUGGGCGGGCGGAGAGGGAGGCAAGGGCAGCACGGGAGGGGCAGGCAGACGCGAGCACUGGAGGGGAGGAGGCAGGUGGCCAAGGGGGGAGCGGGGGUGUUGGGGAAGUGGGGACCUGGGCGGAAGGGGGGGAGGGGGGACUUGGCGGAAAAGAGGAAGAUGGAGGGAAAGAGGCUGAUGGAACAAAGGGAGUGGAUGGAGGGAAAGAGUUGCAGGAGGGGCAGGCGGAGGAGGAGGGCGAGAUGGUAGGAGAGGACACGGGGAUGGAGAAUGAGGGGGACGAGAGGGGUGGCGAGGGGGAGGAGAAAGAGAGUGGGAUGGGCGAUGGGAGAGCGGACAAGACUGAUCCUGAAAAGCAAGGAGAGGCAGGGGAGGAUGGGGAGGAGGGGGAGGAGGGUGAGUUGAAAGUGGAUGGCAGCGGGGAGAAGGGAGAUAGCUGUGAUGUGGAUGGUGAGAGGGAUGAGCCUGGAAAGGAAGGGAAGGGGGAGGACGGGGCACUUGGAGUGCAAAGGGAGGAAGGGAUUGAAGGGGAGGCAGAGCAUGCAGAGGAGGCAUGGGCUGGAAAGGAAGCAACGGCUAAGGGGACAGAGAGUGAGGAACAAGACGACGGGGCACUGAGGGAAGCAGAGGAGAAGGAGAGAGUGAGAAAGGUAGAGGAGGAGAGAUUGAGAAAAGAAGAAGAAGAGGAGAGAGUGAGAAAGGUGGAAGAGGAGGAGAGAGCAAGAAAGGCAGAAGAGGAGAGAGCGAGAAAGGCAGCAGAAGAGAGAGUGAGGAAGGCAGAAGAGGAGGAGAGAGCGAGAAAGGCGGAAGAGGAGAGAGUGUUAAAGGCAGAAGAGGAGGAGAGAGUGAGAAAAGAGAAGCUUGAGGAGGAGAGGAAGAGAGUGAGAGAGGAUAAUGUUCGGCGGAUGAGGGAGAGGGAGGAGGCGGAGCGCGCGGCCAGGGAGGAGAGAAUGAGAGAGGAGGAGGUGCGGAGGGCGAAGGAGGAGACAGAGCGGAGGGCAGAACAAGAAAGGGAGGCGAAAGAAGGGGAGAAGGAAAAGCAAGAGAAAGAGAAAGCUGUGAUGGCGAGGGAGGAAAGGGAGAGGGAGAGGAGAGAGAAAGAGAAAGAUGAUAAGGAAAAGGCAGAGAGGCUUGGAAGGGAGAGGAGGGAAACAGAAGAGAGGGAAAGAAGGGAGGAGGAGAAAAGGGCGAAACAGGAAAAGGAAAGGGAAGAGAGGGAAAGGGAGAGGCGAGAGGUAGAGAGGGAGCAGAGAGAGUUGCAGGACAGGCAAGACGAGGAGCGUCUGGCACAGCAAAGGAUGCGUGUGAAGGGUGGGGAGGAUGAGGACGCGAGGGAGAAGGAGAAGGUGGGCAGUGCGAGGGAGGAGAUGGCAUGGCAGGGUGGGGAUGGGGAUGGGUUGGAGGAGGGUGCAGGGCGAGGGGUCGACGAGGGGCCCCGCGGGCUGAAAAAGGGCUCUGUGCUGCUGGGGCGAGAGGGUGACGGCGACAGGGGUGACGGGGUAGUAGUGGGGACCGAAGCGAUGGAGGAGAGAGAGGUGGGGAAGGUGGAGAAGAGGAAGAAGGAGAAGAAAGGUAAAGCAGGCAGGGUGGGCGAGAAGAGGGAGAAGAGAAGGAGGCAGGAGGGCGGGCAGGAUGGGGCAGGAGAAGGCGGGAUAGCAGACAUGGGCGGUGGGAUGAAGCGGCGUGUGGGCGGCGAUGCUGACAAGCCCCAUGCUCACUUUGACUCCCCGCCUGCCCCAGAUGCUGCCGCGGCUGCUGGGGGGGGAUGGGCGGAGGGGGAGGAGAGUGGGAGGCAGGCGAGGCAGAAGCGGAGGCGGUAUGAGGAGGAAGCGGAGGAGGGGGGUGGGGCCGAGGGAGAGAAUGGCAGCGAUGAGGGGUGGGAGGGGCAUGAAACAUCCUUGUAUGAGGCGUAUGAGAAGGACAAGCCUGAACUCAAGGGGCCAAUCACAUCUCGCGAGCAGUACGCACUGUACCACGCGGAGUUCACAGACAAGUACGCCGUCUACCUGCGCCUGCACUGCAUCCUCGACGCCCAGCGGGAAGAAGCAGAGCGGAUAUUUACUGAAAUGGACGAGUGUGAGGAUGAGGAGGAGAAGGAGCGGUAUAAGCGGCGGAUAUAUGCCAUGUUCCACAGCAGACACAAGCGCCUGCAUCAAAUGAAGGCGGUCUUUGCCCUCGUGCAGCAAGAGCUAGCGUCGAUCAAGGCGCGGGUGAAUGAAUACCUUCAGCAAAGCUGA